CGCCCGGCGGCUCAUUGUUUACGACCGGCGCUGCCCACGUACAACACGAACGGUUGGCGGGUCGCGGUACACACGAACCGCGGCACGACAAUAAUAAUAAGCCGACGACGGCGCGCGCACCACACGACACGCACAGGUUGUCGUUGUCGCACUCGACCGCUCCGUACCCGAACGCGUUUAUCGUUAUCGUUUUUUUUUUUUUUUUUGUUUUCUCUUUCCUAGCUCGGCGAUCGUCCCGAUACACCGCCCUCAACGAUUGUCGUUCAGGUCCGUCCGACAGGUCUCCCCUGGGAAGUCGUCGUCAGGCAAUAAUCUCGGUAUCAUAGGUAACCGUGAGCUGACAUUUCCAGGACACAUCGGCCGGUCGUCGUUUACGGGUUCAAAAGCCGUCGGCCGGGAGCAGCCACUUCGCUCUUAUGAUCCGACAAUGACCGCUUCGUGGAACCGGAUCUGCGGACCGCUGUCGUCGUGGUUGGGCUGCUGACCCACCAGCCGAUACCGCCACCGUGCUUAAAGCCGUUGAUUAUCUUCAUUCAAACGCCGCCUCGAUGAUGUCUUUGUCGCUGUCUCUGCUGCUGUUGCUGUGCAACUCUGCAUUCCGGGCCCAUGGCUUCAACCUGGAGACGAGGCUGCCGAUCGUUAAACGCUCCCUGGAAGUAUCGUACUUCGGCUACUCUGUAGCCGGACACCAGUCGUACGACGAGAUCAAGGGACAAGUCGAAAACAGUUGGAUUUUGGUUGGGGCUCCAAUAGGUACAAACCUACAACCGAAAACUAACCAGUCUGGUGCGCUAUAUAAAUGUCCAUUGACAUCAUAUCAUGAUGAUUGCAUACAGGUUGUUACUGAUGGAAAGCGAAACCCAAAAAGUGGACUUUAUGACCCUUCUAUUGAUUCUACAAAACUCUCUCCACCCAAGAAUGAUGAAAUUAAAGAUGGGCAAUGGUUAGGCGUAAUUGUACGAAGUCAAGGACGCGGUGGAAAAGUCAUGGUAUGUGCACAUCGAUACAUAAAUCGAGGUGAUGAAUAUCAAUGGGGACAAGGCCUCUGCUAUACUUUGACACAAAACUUAGAUUUUGUUGAAUGUUGGGAACCAUGUAAAGGCCGAGAGACAGAAAAGGGUCAAGCACAAUUUGGUUAUUGUCAAGCUGGCACAAGUGGAAUGUUGUUAAGCGAUGAUACUGUAGUUAUUGGCUCACCUGGCUCAUAUAAUUGGAAAGGCAAUGUAUUUAUGGUCAGUGUAUCGGAUGACUUCUUACAUAGAGAUAAAACUUGCUACUACAGUCCGGUUCGAGAUAAUGAAGUAUCGCCUGUUGAUAGCCAUAGUUACUUAGGUAUGUCUACUACUGCUGAUUAUUUCUUUGGUAAACAUAAUAAUAUGGCUUAUGCAGCUGGUGCUCCGCGGGCUAAUGGAACAGGCCAGGUUGUACUAUUUACUAAAUUAAGACCGUCUGUAAAUCUAAUGGAUGCAAGACUUAUUAUUAGUGGAGAACAAUUUGCUUCCAGUUUUGGUUAUGAAUUAGCAACUGCUGAUCUCAAUGGAGACGAUGAACCAGAUUUAAUAGUUGGUGCACCAUUUUAUUUCACAAAAGAAACUGGUGGAGCUGUUUAUAUUUAUAUGAACAAUAAAGAUCAUUGUUUUAAUUGCAAAUCACCAAUUAAACUUGUCGGGAAACCAGAAUCCAGAUUCGGAUUUGCAAUAACUAAUCUAGGGGAUUUAAACAAAGAUGGGUAUCAUGACAUAGCCAUUGGUGCACCGUAUGAAGGAAAUGGAGUUAUUUACAUUUAUCAAGGUUCAGAUCAUGGAAUCAUUGUGGAACCUUCACAAAUAAUUAGAGCAGAGGAUUUAGUGGUAGAAAAUCUUAAAAUACGUACACUAGGAUAUUCAUUAAGUGGUAAUGGAGUGGAUUUAGAUCAAAAUGGUUACCCAGACUUAAUAUCUGGCGCUUAUGAGAGUGAUAUGGCAAUAUUGAUUAGAGCUCGGCCAAUUGUGAACAUAACAAUUGAGGUUCGACCUCCAGAAAAACUUCGGAACAUCGAUCCCACUAAAACGGGUUGUUCGGCCAACAUAACAUCUUCAGUUACUUGUUUUACAUUCGAAACUUGUUGUACGUUGGAAUCUGCGAACAAAGCUAGAUCUGAUGGAGAAUGGGGCAUUCAGUUGCGUUAUAAAUUGGAAGCUGAAACGUUUCAAGAAGGUCGUAAGUUUUCUAGGGUUUGGUUUGGACCAGAUCAUAUGAUGAAGUCACAAACAAUUGAAAAUAUUGUCUCUGUGGAUCACAACAAAAAAGAAACGUGUCAACAACAUACAGCUUACAUAAAGGAGAAUACAAUGGAUAUUCAGUCUCCAAUUGCCAUGCAUAUUUCAUAUUCACUGGUACAAAAUGAUGUUCCUGUUCUAAGACCUGGCGAUCCAGUACCUUCUUUAGCUGAUUUUCCGGUAUUGAAUCAAAACCAAGCGGAAAAAACAUUUUUUGCCACAUUCCAUAAGGACUGUGGGAAUAAUGAUAGAUGUGAAAGUAGAGUACAUGUGAAUGCUGAAUUGUUGUUACCUAGAACAUCAGAUGAUAAAUAUGAAUUAGUAAUAGGUCAGCAUGUUGAAAUACUUUUAAAUACAACUGUAUACAACCAGGGAGAGUCUGCAUAUGAAAGUAGAAUGUUUGUUGUUCAUCCUUAUUCGUUUAAUUACAUAGGCACUGUGAAAUUAGAAGACACAAAGCAAGUGGAUUGUAAUCCAUUCAACAAGACAUUAGUUGUUUGUGCUCUUGGAAAUCCAUUUAAGAAAUCUGCGAUUUCUAAUAUUCAAUUGCGCUUUGAUCCAAAAGAACUGAAUGAUUCUGAAAAUCAUUUGGAGUUUAUUGUGAUUUCUAACUCUACAUCCCAUGAAGUUGAACCCCAGAGUCCAUUAAUUUUGCGUGCCAAUAUCAUUAAACAAGCUGAAUUAUCAUUGAAGGGGUUAGCACGUCCGGAACAAGUGUUUUAUGGUGGUCAAGUGAAAGACGAUUUGUCUGUCAAGUAUCGCGAUGAAGUUGGUUCCAGAGUAUUGCACACUUAUCAAGUGUUUAAUUCCGGUCCCUGGAAGGUGUCUAACCUAGUAGUAAACAUUGAAUGGCCCUAUCAGGUAGCCAGUCACUUUACUCCAAGAAAAUGGUUGCUGUACAUGGAUGAAAAACCGUAUGUUGAAGCAAUAAGUGGUGGAGAGUGUUUUAUGUAUCAAGGACAAGUCAAUCCAUUAGGUUUACCAGUACGCCCAGGAGUUCAAGAGAUGCCCCUUGAUAGUAUUAGUACUGAAAACAUUGCUUUGAACAAUCACAUGAUGUCAAAAACCACAACUAGUAUGAUAAAAAAUAGUAGUUCUGGUUAUUAUCUGAACAGAGUACGUAGGGAACAAAAUUAUGUUGUUGGUGCAGAAACAUAUGUUAAAGAUAAUGGAAAGCAUAUAGAAGUAGUCAAAAUGAACUGUCUGGUGGGAAAUGCCAAGUGUUUCAAGUUUCAUUGUCUUAUAAACAACUUACAAAAAAAUCAAGAGGCAACAAUAUUUAUUAAAGCUAGACUGUGGAAUUCUACUCUACUAGAAUUGUUUCCUAAAGUUGAUUCUGUUCAAAUUGUAUCGAGAGCAAAAAUUCAUAUACCCCCUGAAUUAUCAUUGCAACAAAAUCGCUCAGACGAUGAGUUUGAAGUGGAGACCACUGCUAAAGUGGAUUUAUUGCAACAAGAAAACGAACCAAUUCCGUGGUGGAUAAUUAUUCUAGCUAUAUUGGUGGGACUUUUGUUGUUAAUCUUGUUGACCUUGCUACUAUGGAAAUUAGGUUUUUUCAAGAGACGAAGACCUGAUCCUACACUUAGUGGUAACAUUGAAAAACACAGGGUAGAUGAUAAUUACUAUGACUAUUAGUUAAUAAUUGUAAAACAACUUGCGAUAAGUAUUUGUCAUACAUUUUUUUUUUACAAAUUUUUUUUGUAUUUUCAUAAGACUUUUAUACGAAAUACUUAGACUAAGACAAAUUGUACUUAUAGAUAAUUUAUUAUAAUUUUUUUUCUGCAUAUAUUAUUUUUACAUUACUUAUUUACCAUUCUUGUAAAUUAUUGUCAUAUUAUGUAAUAUUUUAAAAUGAUUGUUGUAUGUUUAUCAUAAUUUUCGUCUUCCUGAACAUUUCGCUGCAAAUAACAAACUUCAGCUUGUCGAAAUUAUUUUUAUUAUAUUUAUUAUACAACUUAA